AUGACGACUUUGAUUAGGGGUAAUUUAAUGCAGUUGAUCAUUCAUACUUUACAAAUAAGGUGCAUCAACUUUUCUUGUAAAAGUUAUGCUAAUUACUCACUUUUGAAAAUUUCAAGCAAAACAGGAAAAGUACUGCCCACACAUCAGGAAGGUGCAGAAUUUCACAAUUCGCUAACUCUUUGCACGUUGAAAAAUCAUUAUAUUGUAGUUAAAAACAACUUUAUUGCUAUUGGUCAAAGUGUAGCUACUGUCAAAAUCAGAAAUUUAUUAUUGGUAAUUAUUCCACGAUUAAAAGAUAUAUAUAUACAGAAACCUUAUUCCCCUUGGGAAAUUCCAGUCAAUAUAUCUCAAAAAGUAAGUAAAUAUGCAAACUUUAAACGUUAUGGGUUUUUUACAAAGUACAUCCUAUGCAAAAAAAAUUCAUAUUCACAUUCCAUGAUUAGUAAUAAAAACGCACAUGAGCGCUUCAAAACUGCAUCCGCACUUCAGUCAGACCUUUCAUCUGACCUCGAUGAAGAAGGAUUAAAAGCGAAUCAAAUAAACCGAAAUGCUGGCUAUUUCAAAGUUACACUUGUAGAGGAAGAAGUAGGCAGUCAAAUAUCACCUGAAAUGAAUGCAAGAAUUCACGACAAAGAUCUUGAAGGUGAUUGUUUUGAUACACACAACCAUACAUCUAUAAAAAUAAUCAUUGUAACAUCACAACGACUGCCAUUCGUUAGUGCACAAUUCGUCCAGUGUCCAAUUUGUGUUCUGAAUAUAGACGCAGAUGACAGCACUAGAUUGAAUUAUAAGUGA